GAGUCCUGAAGUUCGCCCGGCUGAUCAAAUCCUACGAGUCGCAGGACCCAGAGAUCGCCAGCAUGUCGGGCAAGCUGAAGGCCAUGUUCCUGCCGCCCAUGACGCUGCCGCCGCACGGGGCCGGGACCGGUGCAGUAGCAACCUCCUGA